UUCAGUAGAGAGCUUACGAUUCACGACGACGAUCAAUAGGACGACCCAAAGUAGCCUGGAUCUAGCGCGAUCCUCCAAGGAAACCCCCAUUUCUGGUCGUAGUGAAAUCGAAGAGGCCGAGAUUUUCCGGAUUCAUCGUUGUCUUAGAUCUAACACGUUGUUUCUUUGCUUUAUCAAACGCAAGAUGAGCGCAUCAAAUGAGAAGAAAGCAAGCCGAAUUCAAAUGCCCAAGAUGAGUUGGACAACUGCACAUGAUGUUGCAUUAUGCCGUGAGAUUCUUGUUCUGGAGCCAUAUAGAUUUAAAGUGGGUAGUAGAGAAAGGGGCCAAUGCUGGGAUUCAAUUGCAGAAAAUUUGAGUUCUUUAAGUUACCCAAAGUUUUCUGUGGACCAGAGGGCAGUAAGAGAUAGAUUCUCAAAGUUGGAGAGAUACUAUAGAAAAAGAAUGGCUAGCGAGGAACGAGCAAGUGGGAUAUCCCCAGAAAUGACAGAGCUUGAUGAAGCCCUAGAAAAUAUUAUUGAAAUGAUGGAGGAGGCAGUGAAAACUGGGAGAGGAAUUGAAAAGAAGAGGGAGGAGAAUGAGAAGCAAGUCGCAGAGAAUGUUAGAAAGCGCUCAAUGGAAACAUUAGCAGAGACAUUAGAGAGAGAGAAGGAAGGAACAGGAAAGAAGAAGAAGAGACACUAUUAUGGCUCAGACACAAUUGAGUAUUUGAAAGAAAAAAAUGAAAGGGGGAAGCAUUUUAUGGAAAAGAAAUUGGAGUUGAAAGAAAGAGAACUGGAUGUCAAAGAGAAGGCCUUGAAAAUAAAAGAAAAGGAAGUAGAGGGGAAACUACAAUGUUGCCAAAGGGAGGAAUGGCAAAAUAAUAUGCUGCUGCAGCUUGAGGAGAAAGUCAAUUUUUUGAAUCAACAGCAGCAACAGCAGCAUAUUAUUUUGCAGGAGAUCAAAGAGCAAAAUUCUAAGAUAAUGAAUUUAAUUAAACAAAGCUCUUCAGACUAG